GGUGCUGGGGGGACUCAUCCCGCUCCCCCCUGUCCCAGAAGGGGCUCUGGAUCUCCACGGAUUUCGGGGAGCACUGGCGGGAGAUCCACAAAUCCGUCUGCUUGGCCAAGUGGGGUGACAACGACACCAUCUUCUUCACCACCUUCCUGAACGAUUCCUGCAAAGCUGAUCUGGGAUUCCUGGAGCUGAAGAAAACCCCGGACCUGGGCAGGAGCUUCCAGGUGAUCGGCUCCCGGAUCUAUUCCUUCGGGAUGGGCGGCCGCUUCCUCUUCGCCUCCGUGAUGACGGAGCAGGGCUUCAAGCGGCGCAUCCAUGUGUCGCUGGACGGGGGGGACUCGUGGAACAUGGCCCAGCUGCCCUCGGUGGGACACGAGCAGUUCUACUCCAUCCUGGCCGCCAACGACGACCUCGUGUUCAUGCACGUGGAUGAGCCCGGAGACACGGGAUUCGGGACCAUCUACACGUCCGACGACCGCGGGAUCAUCUACUCCAAGUCCCUGGAGAGGCACCUGUACACGACCACGGGCGGGGAGACCGACUUCACCAACGUCACCUCCCUCAGGGGCACCUUCAUCACCAGCGUCCUGUCCGACGACAAUUCCAUCCAGUCUGUGAUCACCUUCGACCGGGGGGGGCAGUGGGUGCCCCUGCGCAGACCCCACAACAGCUCCUGCGACUCCACCGCCCGCAGCGGGGACCAGUGCAGCCUCCACAUCCACGCCUCGUACAGCAUCUCGCAGAAGCUCAACGUGCCCAUGGCCCCCCUGUCCGAGCCCAACGCCGUGGGCAUCGUCAUCGCCCACGGGAGCGUCGGGGGGGCCAUCUCGGUGAUGAGCCCCGACGUUUACAUCUCGGACGACGGCGGCUACAGCUGGGCCAGGACCCUCAGGGGACCCCACCACUACGCCAUCCUCGACUCGGGGGGGCUGCUCGUGGCCAUCCAGCACACCAGCCAGCCCCUCAACACCCUGCUGUUCUCCCCGGACGAGGGGCAGUGCUGGUACAGCCACACCUUCUCCCCCGAGCCGCUGUUCUUCACGGGGCUGGCGUCGGAGCCGGGCGCUCGCUCCAGCACCGUCAGCAUCUGGGGCUUCCGCGGGGCCUUACCCGCACGGCACUGGGUGUCCUACACCGUGGACUUCAGGGAGCUGCUCAGCAGGACCUGU